AUGACAGAUCCAUUAAAGUCCUUGAUCGGUCCAGACAGGUCUAUGCCAGUCGCCAUCUCCCAGAAGGUCUACACAAUUGCCGGCAUCUCAGCAACGGUCUUUGGACUGGAAGAGCUCUGCAAAGAGGCCUCGGAGGUCGCAUGUCUCUGGCUUCUUCACCCACGAUUAGCCACACAGGAGCGUAUGAUGAGCUUUGCCAACUCCGCCAUCACUGACUGGAACACUAGAAGCCAGGACACACCUUCAGCCAAGGGCCUGAUUGCCGUUUCGUUCGACCAGCGAAACCAUGGUACUCGGAUGAUCGACCCUCUUGCCAAUGAGUCUUGGAAAGAAGGGAACCCCCGACAUGCCCAGGAUAUGUUCUCCAUCUUCCAGGGCACGGCAAGAGAUACAUCGGUGCUCAUGGACUACCUUCCCUCCUACACAUUCCCCAGUGGUGAGCAUAAGAUCACCGAGAACUUGGUUCUGGGAGUUUCACUAGGCGGACACGCAGCAUGGAGCUGUCUACUACACGAGCCUCGAGUCAGCGCCGGGGUCAUCAUCAUCGGCUGUCCAGACUAUAUUAAUCUGAUGGCAGACCGCGCAAGGCUGUCAAAGCUACCAUCGUGGACAAAGAGUGCCCCGCCUGGUGCUGAGGUCCUUGGCUCAGAAGCCUUGCCGACCUCUUUCCUAGAGACCGUCAACCGAUAUGAUCCGGCCGGUAUGAUGCUGAAGCAUGUGGAUUGUGGGCCAUCAACUGGUCCUUUGCGCGAAGGCCCGUUGCCUCAGCCUUCAGAAAGCGAACAGCAGGUGCUCCGGCCACUUCUGACUCGUGCCUUAGCUGGCAAGCGCAUUUUGAAUCUCUCCGGCGGCAAGGACAAGCUUGUUCCCUAUCACCGUGGAGAGCUAUUCCUCGACUGGUUCAAGCAGACCAUCUCGUCCGAUGGGUGGUUCGGUGAUGGUGGGGUGUCCUUUGAAGAUAUCAUUGACCAGGCGGCGGGCCAUGAGUUUACUCCUAAGAUGGCCGAGGAGGCUUUUCGGUUUAUUAGUGAGACAUUGGCCGCGGGUCCCGACAAGGCGGGUCAACAGGGUUCCGUGCGAGAGUCGAAGAUCUAA